UAGACCCAAAUUUCCCCUUUCUCCCGUUCUCCAAUCCCCAAUCUUGCGAUUCCAUCCAGCCGGCCGAGUGGGAGCGGCGGCGCUGCCUGUGGUCUGUGGAGCUGGUGGUGGGCCUGGCGACGUUCCGUGCCGUGCGCGAGGAGGGGCGCGGCAGGGCGGAAUCCCUGGCGUAGAGCGGCGAACGCGCGGGUCGGCGGGGCAGCAGCGCGGCGGCGCGACGCGGGGGCAGCAGCACGGCGCAGCAACCGGCACUGGCUAAAUAGCGCCGGGAGCAAGGCAGAGACAGCCACCAACAGGGACUGAAGGCAGGCAGAGGCAGGCAACAAGCUAUAGAGGAGAGGAAGAGGAGAUUAGGAAUGUUGUGGUCUGAAGCAAAUUACGUGAUCUGUGGUGAUAACAUGCUCUCGAUCUGAGACAGCAUUCAAAUAAGCAUCGUCGAAGGUGUCCUACUGGGUUACACAAACUUCUUUCAGAAGCGAGAAGAAGAUGGCCACCAAACCCCAGCCAUAGAUUCCCAUUUCCAAGCCUGCCUCACUCCACCAGCAUGAUGAAACAUCACCUACGUCGAUGUGGUGCUGCUGCUUUCACCAUGGUCCGAUGUUUCUGCCACUUUCCGCAUGCUGUAUCCACGUCACCUCCAAUUGGAUGGAAGUGCCCUUCUCCUCGGCUAUACUCCACCAAUGAGAUGAACCAGCAGCUUCCUGCGAACCUGGUGGGGGUCAUGGAGCAGAGAAUGAAAUUGAUCGAGCAGAGGAGUGCGUACCUCCAGGAGCAAAUUAACCAGACAGCCAGAUGCCUCGCCUGAAGAAUACUCAAGGGCCAACAAGGAGCUCCACAAAUUGGAGAGUACUAUGGAUAUGAUCGAGGAGCUGCGGUCCAAACAGGAGGAAAUUGAGGGUUUGAAAUCCUUGAUGACAAACUCUGUUGAAGAGAAGGACUUCCGCGAGAUGGCAGCUCAGGAGCUCCUUCAGGCUCUGGAGGAGGAGAAACAACUGCAGCACAAGCUGUUUCGAUCAUUACUUCCAAAAGAUGAAGCUGACGAGAGGGAUUGCAUAUUGGAGGUCCGUGCAGGUACUGGAGGAGAAGAGGCGUCUUUGUUUGCAAUGGACAUAUUUAAAAUGUACGAGAAGUACUCCCAAAAGAAUGGUUGGAAAUUCGAUGCUAUUGAUAUCAUGGAGUCUGCAUUAAAAGGAUACAAGGAAGCUAGUGGGACUAUAUCAGGUCCUGGGGCAUACGGGAAACUCAAGUUUGAGAGUGGCAUCCAUAGAGUUCAGCGAGUACCAGUAACGGAGAAAUCUGGACGGGUGCACACUAGUGCUGUAUCUGUUGCUAUUCUUCCUCAAGCUGAUGAGGUUGAUGUACAAUUGCGCAAUGAAGACUUGAGAAUCGAUACCUACAGAUCAGGUGGUUCUGGAGGUCAGUCUGUCAAUACGACUGAUAGCGCUGUUAGAAUAACCCAUGUUCCAACCGGAACAGUUGUUGCGAUACAGGAUGAGAGGUCUCAGCAUCAGAAUAAGGCCAAAGCCCUCAAAGUUCUCCGAGCAAGACUAUAUGAAAUUGAAAGGCAUCGACUCCAUAUGGACCGGUCAAAGCUUCGAUCAGAGCAGAUUGGAAGCGGUGACAGGUCCGAACGUAUCCGAACAUACAACUUUCCACAAGGGCGUGUUACCGAUCAUCGUGUUGGGAUCACGCACCACUCCAUAGAAGAUGUUAUGGAGGGGGAGAGCUUGGAUAUCUUCAUUGAUGCGCUCCUCCUGCGUUAUGAAAUGGACGCAAUCGCUUCAUUUGCUUCUUAAGUCAUACUGGUUUUGUGGUUUCUUUUAGCAUCAACUACAUCGGGACCAAACAGAGAAGGAACCAUGUAUACAUCGCACUGAACCGGCAGAGACAACGUCAAGAAUCUUGAGUUCUCAAGUUUUCCUUAUUCUCAAUGUAUAAGCAUGUAGCUUAGGAUCAUAGCUGUAUCGCCCAUUAUUCUGAAAGCAGUAGCAGCCAAACAGUUUUUCUUCAUAUUUUUUAUCGCGCCGCAAGUUAUUUGUGGGCAACUGAAUCACGAGUGGCUGCCACAUCGGUGUUCAGUCAAAUGGGAUUACAAUUUUGACAGAGAUAAAUGGGAUUACAAAUUUGACAGAGAACUAUGUUAACUACA